AAGGAAGAUCUGGGUGCUCGGAAGAAAUUUAAAAUAUCGAGAAUUCAUCCUGAAAUGCAGAAUCUGCCAGAUAAUAUGGAAAUCAACCUACGAUUAUGUAAAACCACAAUUGAAGAGCUUUCUUUGGGCUCUCUCUGGUGGUUCCUUCGAUAUUUUUUAUGUUUCUUUAAUGGUACCCUUUCAGCAAUUUUCAAUAUUUCUUUGGGACUUUUCCCUGGUGGUUAG